AUGGACAGUAAAAGAAAAUCUGUUUUCUCAAAUUCUCCUAGUAGCUAUUCCAGGGAAACUAGAGUGAAGGUCGAACACCAACCCUCAAAGAACAUUACUUUGCACAAAGGCGAGGCUAAAUCCCACCCUAGUACGGUAUCACAGCUGCUAGAUGAUGUUAUUGAAAGUCUCCGCUGCCUACGAAGCCAUACUUCGGAUAUUAGUCCCGACAUUUUCAAAGCAAUUUCGGGGCUCGAUGAGGUCUUACGUCGCGCGAAUAGCCCCAAGUCAGAUAUUAGUGAUUACAAUAGCCAUAUCCCAAUUCACCAUUCAGUCGGGACAAUAAGCACGGAAAAUUGUCUGCCUGUGCUGCCCCCUAUUAUGGAUAAAGCCCUCGAGAGGGCUGUUUUUACGCAUCCGGGUGUGAGUAACAAUGCCGAGGCAACUUAUGAUCGACUCGAAAUUCUUGGGGACGCAUAUAUAGAACUUAUUGCUACAAAGCUCAUUUGGCAAAAAUUUCAAGAAAUUCCUUCCGGGCGGAUUUCGCAGAUCAGGGAACUCCUGGUAAAGAAUGAAACACUCGCUGAGUAUGCAACAGAAUAUGGUCUCGAUUGCAGGGCUGCAGUGCCGCAUGAUUACUUGAAACAGCCAAAACGAUGGACAAAGACCAGGGCAGACGUCUUUGAGGCCUAUGUUGCUGCGGCUAUAAUCUCUGACCCAGUUGGUGGCUAUGAAGCAGUUGAACAAUGGCUAACUCAGUUAUGGCUUCCAAAGCUUUCGGAACUUGGUCCUCAAAGGCCCAAUGUAAAUGCGAAAGAGAUACUUGCAAGGAAAAUCAUGGGGAAGGGAAUCAAGUUGAAGUAUAUUGAUGAACGUCCACCCGUUCAGCAAAGUCGGGGAGUGCAGACUUUCUUUAUUGGGUUGUAUCUUACAGGAUGGGGGUGGAACAACAAGCAUCUAGGGUCUGGCCAGGGUACCAACAAGACAAUCGCAGGAAAUGAAGCAGCACGGCAAGCUCUGCUGAAUGAGUCACUGGUGGAGGAGAUUUCUGGCGUAAAGAGAGCAUAUGAAACAAGAAUCAGCCACCAUCUGACUGAAGGAAUCAAUUAA